GCUGGUGAGGCCCCGCCUGACCAUCUACGUGUGUCAGGAGUCGCAGCAGGUGAGGGACCCCCAGCACGAGCCCGACGAGGGCGACGGCGGCGCCGGGACCUUCUUCGUGUACCACGCGGUGUACCUGGAGGAGCUGACGGCGGCCGAGCUCUCCGAGAAGCUGGCGCAGCUGUUCCGCGUCUCCGCCCACCAGAUCCAGCAGAUCUACAAACAGGGACCCACCGGCAUCCACGUCCUGGUCAGCGACGAGAUGAUCCAGAACUUCCCGGACGAGUCCUGCUUCGUGUUGGACACCAUGAAAGCCGAAAGCAGCGACAGCUACCACGUCAUCCUCAAAUAGGGGCACCUGGAACACCUGGGACACCUGGAGAACAUGGAGAACAUGGAACAGCUGGAGAACUUGGGAUACCUGGAGAGCAUGGAACA